UUUUAGAUUAUGUCAAAUUCAUCUAGAACUUGGGUUGAUUAGGUAGAAGAUGUUGCAUCCGAAGUGGCCAAAUCCAUUAAGGAAAAUAUUAAAUAACCAAUUUGUAAUACGAUAAACCAAAUACCUUUUGAUGAUUGGAAAAAUAAUUUUUAUCUGCCAUUAUGCUAGAAAUAUGACAAAUGGCCAGAAAGAUUUACUCAAUUCAAAUAAAAUAAUAUAUUGAAUUUAGGAAAUGAAAAUCAAAGGCUUAUUUUUCUUGGAUUAAGUACCUUAGCUAUGGUAUCAAUUACAAAAGGAUGUAUAAGAAAUAUGUAAUACUUAUUUAGUUUCAUCUGGAUUACUGCCCAUAGUGAGAAAUUCUGUUGUGACUUAUUUUGGUUUGGGAUUAGUAGUAGCCCCCGAAAUCUAUAAUCCAUUAUUGGUCAAGAAAAAUCAAAAUAAUUGAGAUAUAGCAAUAAAUAAAUAAAAAUUAUGUUAUCAUCAU